AUGACGGAUCGAGCGGAUUGCUCAACUGCGACGACGAAUUGGCGGAAGCCGAAGCCUCUCGCCACAGAUGUUCUGGAAAAACCAGCUAGGUUGCUUCCCAAAAUGAAGCUGGAAGAACUGGUGACAGUCAUGCUUCUAACAGUGGCAGCUAUCGACCAAUACCUUCCGAUUGGUUUGGUUCUUGCAGGAGUUCUCCUACUGUAUAUUACAGUAGUCCAUGGAGAUUUUAUUUAUAGAAGUUAUCUCACAUUGAAUAGGGAUCUAACAGGACUUGCGUUGAUUAUCGAAGUUAAAAUUGACUUAUGGUGGAGGUUACAUCAGAAUAAAGGAAUUCAUGAGUUGUUCUUGGAUAUCGUCAAAAAAAAUCCAAAGAAAGCAGCGAUGAUUGAUAUUGAGAAAGAUACGACAGAAACCUUCGAGGAAUUCAAUGCACAUUGCAACCGAUAUGCUAAUUAUUUCCAGGGCCUGGGAUACCGGUCUGGGGAUGUUGUUGCUCUAUACAUGGAAAACUCUGUUGAAUUCGUUGCUGCUUGGAUGGGACUUGCGAAGAUCGGAGUGGUUACUGCGUGGAUUAAUUCAAAUUUGAAAAGAGAACAAUUGGUUCACUGCAUCACUGCUAGCAAGACGAAAGCUAUAAUCACCAGUGUCACAUUGCAGAAUAUGUUGAUUGAUGCAAUCGAUGAGAAGUUGUUCCGAGUGGAUGGAAUUGAUGUGUAUUCAGUUGGCGAACCAAAAAAGAACUCUGGAUUUAAAAAUCUUCAAAAGAAUUUGGAUGCUCAAGUCACUUCUGAGCCUAAAACGUUGGAUGUCAUUGACUUUAAAAGCGUUCUCUGCUUCAUCUAUACAAGUGGAACAACAGGAAUGCCAAAGGCAGCAGUCAUGAAGCACUUCAGAUACUAUUCAAUUGCUGUUGGGGCUGCUAAAUCAUUCGGAAUCAAAGCAUCGGACAGAAUGUACGUUUCCAUGCCAAUCUACCAUACUGCUGCUGGAAUUCUCGGAGUCGGACAAGCACUUCUAGGAGGAUCAUCGUGUGUUAUUAGAAAGAAGUUCUCGGCUAGCAACUUUUGGAGAGACUGUGUAAAGUACGAUUGCACUGUUUCACAGUACAUUGGGGAGAUUUGUCGGUAUCUUCUAGCUCAACCUGUGGUCAAGGAAGAAUCUGUGCACCGAAUGCGUCUAUUGGUCGGAAACGGGCUUCGUGCUGAAAUCUGGCAACCAUUUGUUGAUCGGUUCCGAGUGAGAAUUGGAGAACUUUAUGGGUCAACAGAAGGAACAUCUUCUCUUGUGAACAUUGACGGUCAUGUAGGUGCAUGCGGGUUCUUGCCAAUUUCUCCUCUAACCAAGAAAAUGCAUCCAGUAAGGCUGAUUAAAGUGGAUGAUGUAACUGGAGAGGCUAUCCGAACAUCCGAUGGACUGUGCAUUGCAUGUAACCCUGGAGAAUCUGGAGCAAUGGUAUCUACAAUCAGAAAGAACAAUCCGCUCCUUCAAUUCGAGGGUUACCUAAAUAAGAAAGAAACUAACAAGAAGAUCAUUCGAGAUGUCUUUGCCAAAGGAGACAGUUGUUUUUUGACUGGAGAUCUUCUACACUGGGAUCGGUUGGGAUAUGUCUAUUUCAAAGAUCGAACUGGAGAUACGUUCCGUUGGAAGGGAGAGAAUGUGUCGACUACAGAAGUUGAAGCUAUUCUCCAUCCCAUCAAUGGACUGUCUGAUGCGACUGUUUAUGGAGUAGAAGUGCCAAAACGUGAAGGAAAAGUCGGGAUGGCAUCUGUUGUUCGAGCUGUUUCGUUUGAAGAGAAUGAGAGUCAAUUCGUGGAGCGAGUUGGAGCCAGACUAUCUUCCUCUCUUACGAGCUAUGCUAUUCCACAGUUCAUCAGAAUCUGCCAAGACGUUGAGAAAACAGGGACAUUCAAACUUGUGAAAACAAAUCUUCAAAGAAUCGGAAUAAUGGAUACACCUUCGGAUUCAAUUUAUAUUUUCAAUUCAGAGAAUCGCAACUUUGUGCCGUUCGAUAACGAUCUGAGAUGUAAAGUAUCAUUAGGAAGCUAUCCAUUCUAA